CACGAUGACGAAUUCGUUGUGCCGCACAUGGACAUCUCCUGUCUCCAGAAUUCCUUUGCCUAUCAACGUGUCCUCGAAGAACCCUGGACGUAUAUCCAUAACUGGGAAUCUUUAAGUCUCUCCAUGCAGCAAGCCGUCAUGCAGUCCUUCAUGCAAGAAUUGCAGGAGAUAAAAACUGGUGUAGCCUUCACUGAAAGUGUCUACGUGGGAGAUAUGGCCGGAGAGAAUCCGGACUUCCUGGCUCAGGUAGAUUGCUCCUUUUUUUAA